CCAAAUGAAAGCACCAAUAUAUGUCUAUUAUGAACUAGAUAACUAUUACCAAAAUCAUCGAAGGUAUGUAAAGAGUAGAAGUGAUAGACAGCUUCUUCAUGGAUUGCAGUACAAGGACACUAGUUCCUGCAGACCCAUUGAGUCGAGCAAUGGUCUCCCUGUCGUACCUUGUGGGCUAAUUGCAUGGAGCUUGUUUAAUGAUACGUUCACAUUUGAUGUCAAGGCUGGAAAGUUAAACGUCAACAGGAAGAAUAUUUCUUGGAAAAGUGACCGAGAUCACAAGUUUGGCAAUGAUGUUUACCCAUUUAAUUUCCAGAAUGAUACCUUAAUUGGUGGAGGAAAACUUGAUCCAAGUAUUCCUCUGAGCGAACAGGAGGACCUCAUUGUUUGGAUGCGUGUAGCUGCACUACCCAAUUUUCGGAAACUUUAUGGUGUGAUUGAGAAUGAUAUAGAUGCUGAUGAAGUUAUCACGAUUCAACUUUCUAAUAACUACAAUACUUACAGUUUUGGUGGGAAGAAAAAACUGGUUCUGACGACUUCAAACUGGCUGGGAGGCAAAAAUAAUUUCCUCGGCUUAUCCUACAUUGCCACAGGUUUCUGCAGCAUU